CCGGUGGGCGUGGCCACCGCCGCCGCCAUGAGGCCGCCUGAGGCCGCGCCGCCGCCCGGGGGGAUCCUGCGGCGGGGGGGGCGCGGGGGGGGGACCCGGCAGGUGCGCUUCGAGCUGAGCCCCCCGGUGCAUGCUGGGGAGGAGGAGGAGGAGGGGGGGGGCGGGCCCGCGCCCCCCCCGCCGCUGGGGACCCCCACCCUGCACAGCAGCCGAGGGGGGGCGGCGGGGGGGGGACCCCGGGAACCCUUCGACGCCCCCCGGGCGGCCGCCGCCCUCCUGGGCUGCUCCUUCGCCGCGCGCUGCGCCGUGGGGGGGGCGGCGGCCGGAGCCAUGAACGUGCCCCCGGCCCAGCGGCUCUACCGCGGCCUGGUCAGCCUGGCCGUGCCCCCCCCGCCGGGGCCUCGCAGGGGGGUCCCGCCCCCCCCCGCGCCCCCCCCCAAGGUUCCCGGGCCCGAAGUGGCGGCGCUGGCGGGGGGGGCGGGGCGGGGGAGCGGGGGGCCCUGGCUGCCCCCCCCCGCCCCCCCCGAGCCCCCCCAGCCCCUCCCCCGCCCCCCCGGAGCCGCCUUCCUCAUGUACCGCAAACUGCAGCAGUGGGGCGGGGGCUGAGGGGGGAAGGGGCGACCCCCCCAUCACCCCCCGACCCCCCCCCCAAAUAAACCCUUGUUUCCAACCGC